UUUUUUUUGCUUAGAUUAUUGUCUACAAACCAAUAUAUAAAAGAAUAAGAACUAUCAUAUAUUAUAGAACUGAAAUUUACCCGUACGUGUCUUGUUGUUCUUGAAUUAUGAUUUAAGAAAUUUUCCUUCAUGUUUUUGCAUCUCUUGAUUUAGCUGUAUAUGGUUCGUUAUAUUUGGAUUAUGUUGUGAACAGCUAAGACAGUGAUGAUACUGAUAUUACAGAACAUGCUGUGAAUAAAUAUUGUAUGAAAAGCAAAAGAUUUCCACUUUCUCUCUCUUCUAUCUAUCUAACUAUCUAUCAACUGUCCAUGUGAAGUAAAGUUUACUCUCUCUCUCAAAGUUGCCCCCACGUUUUCCUUGGCAUAUUUUGUGGGCUCAAUUCCUCUCUGCAUUUUCCUUUUUCUUUUGAAAAAGAAAAAGAAAAAGAAAGAAUGCUUUCUUGGGAAAUACCCACUUGAAUUUCCACCAUUUCGUUCUGUGGAGAAUAAAAAGAUCUUCAAUUUAAGAGCUAAAGGUGAGACAUUGUUGAACUUUUAGCUUCUGGGUUUCCUUUGUUUAUCAUUUUGGUCAUCUGGGUAAUGCUACAUUUAUGUAUUGGUAGUUUAGAUUAUACUUUCCUUUUUGUAAAUUUUGAAUUUUGGCGAGAAGAAGCUAGUUUAGAAGUCAAACUGGUUUAGUUGAUCUAAUUGUUGCUUGAGAGUUUGAAGUUUUUCUUAUCUGGGAUUUAGGUUACUGAGGAGCUUUUGUACUGAAUUUUGGUUACUUUUGUGAAUUUGUAGAGCUCUGGAAGUGUUUAGAGGAUUUUAGGUGUUUUGAACAGAGUAGGAGCUGAAGGAGAUUGGUCUUCUUCAGUUUUGAAUUGGGCUGUAUAUUGUGUUCAAGAAUUUGGAGAUCUGUAGUAAUAGAGUGGACAUGCCUGAGAUUUGCACAUGGUCUGGAUUGAUGAUGUAAAGCUGCAUGCUUGUGCAAUGCACAAUUUUAGAUUUGGUGUCAAUCAUUGUUUCUAAACUUGAUAUGGAAGUGGAAGUGUAGUUUCUGGAGCUUCUUUUUCUAUUGUUUUUGGAUACAAACAUGACCUCAAUAACAUCACCUUCACCAAACGCUUCCCCAACUGAUAUUCUUCCAACAACACCUUUGUCUGCCUCACCACCAUCACCUUCUUUGCCAUCAGAGAUUAUACCCGCUUCACCAUCUCCUGAAACAACUCUUCCUGAUCAAACCAUUGAUCCUCCACUCCCUUCAAGUCCGUCUAACUCUUCAACUCCACCUCCUCAAACCCCUCCACUGGCUACCCCAGCUGCCCCACCUCCAUCCCCACCAUUAUCACCACCACCACCACCAUCUCCAACAACACCACCACCAUCUGACCCACCUCCAUCACCCCCAGCAUCCCCACCUCCUGCCCCUCCAGUAUCACCACCUCCAUCACCACUUAUUGCCCCUCCCCCAGCUGUCAUAACUUCACCACCCCCUCCAGAUGUGUCCCCUACACCACCAGCAAAUAGCUCCCCCUCUCCGCAGUUCUCCCCAACAACUCCUGUGACAUCAGCACCUCCCCCUCAAGCUGUCUCCCCUUCACCUCCUCCUCCUAUUAAUGUGCCUACACCUCCUUCCUCGGAUUCACAUCCUCCGCCAGUGGCAAAAGCCCCAGAAAGUUCCACUUCACCUCCAAAAGUUAAACCUCCACCAUCUAGUUCUCAGUCUGGUGGUCCUCCACCUGUAACAAACUCUCCUUCUCCUCCUGCACCUACAUUGCCAUCACCGCCUCCUUCGAUCCCAUCAAGCUUGCCACCACUCCCUCCUUCAGUCCCAUCAGCCUCUUCACCACCUAUAAUAUCUCCUCCUGCUCCUCCAGAUAAUUCGUCAACAACAGGAAAUUCUCCUUUGUCGCCCUUACCCUCUAUCCCUACAGAAAAGCCAACUGCAAGAGCAACUAAUGGCACUGACGUCUCCGUUAAUACAGCCUCAGCAGGUGCAGGGGGUUUAAACACUGGAAGUGCGGUGGCAAUAGGCAUUGUGGUUGGGUUUGCAGUACUGAGUCUUCUUGUGAUGGCAGUGUGGUUUGUAAAAAAACGAAAAAGAAGGCAUGACAUAUCAAAUAUUGGGUACACUAUGCCUUCCCCAUUUGCCUCCUCCCAGAAUUCAGCACUAUUUAUAAGGCCCCAAUCUCAAGGUCCAUUGGGAGGAAGCCCUUCUGGCAGUGAUUUCAUCUAUUCAUCAUCAGAGCCAGGAGGAGUAAACAAUUCAAAGUCAUGGUUUACAUUUGGGGAACUAGUCCAAGCCACAAAUGGGUUUUCAAAAGAAAAUCUUUUGGGUGAAGGUGGAUUUGGUUGUGUGUACAAAGGUCUCCUUGUGGAUGGUAGAGAAGUAGCUGUAAAACAAUUAAAGAUAGGUGGUUCUCAAGGGGAGCGUGAGUUUAAAGCAGAGGUUGAGAUUAUUAGCCGAAUACAUCAUCGCCAUUUAGUUUCAUUGGUGGGUUACUGCAUAUCUGAGAAUCAAAGGUUGCUUGUCUAUGACUAUGUCCCAAAUGAUACUCUUCACUACCAUCUCCAUGCUUAUGGCAUGCCAGUUAUGGAUUGGGCGAUUCGGGUGAAAAUUGCUGUUGGAGCAGCUCGUGGCAUAGCUUACCUACAUGAAGACUGUCAUCCCCGCAUUAUCCAUAGGGAUAUCAAGUCAUCAAACAUCCUCCUUGAUCACAAUUUUGAAGCUCGGGUUUCCGACUUUGGGCUUGCAAAAUUAGCAUUGGAACUAGAUUCAAAUACACAUGUAUCAACGCGUGUGAUGGGGACCUUUGGGUACAUGGCUCCUGAGUAUGCAACAAGUGGCAAAUUGACUGAAAAAUCCGAUGUUUAUUCCUUUGGGGUUGUCCUUUUGGAGGUAAUUACAGGUCGUAAACCUGUGGAUGCCUCUCAGCCACUGGGUGAUGAAAGCCUAGUUGAAUGGGCUAGGCCAUUACUUAAUGAAGCACUUGACAGUGAAGACUUUGAAGCCCUGGCUGAUCCAAGGCUGGAGAAGAAAUAUGUUGCAAGAGAAAUGUUUCGGAUGAUCGAGGCAGCUGCUGCCUGUGUGCGUCAUUCGGCUGUAAAACGGCCACGAAUGAGUCAGGUGGCAAGAGCUUUGGAAUCAUUAGAUGAAUUGUCAGAUCUAUCUAAUGGCAUAAAACCUGGCCAAAGUGAAAUAUUUGAUUCGAGAGAACACUCUGCGCAGAUCAGAAUGUUUCAGAGGUUGGCAUUUGGUAGUCAGGACUAUACUUCAGAUUAUCUUGAUAACAGUCAAAGUAGCUGGAGAAGUCUAGAGCAUGGGAGCCGGAGUAACUUUAUCCCAUGAAUGCAUCUCCAUAUGGAGGAACGAUUUUCUUUUAAAGCCUCCAGAACAAACUUGACUAUCCUGAUCAUGAUGACAGCUGAUUUGGUAGGGUAACAGUUUUGCUCAUUCCUGGAUUUUGAGACCCUGAAUUGAAUUUUUUUCAUCUUGGAACCAGGUCAUACUGAGUACAUACCUCUUGCAUUUUCUUUCUUGUAUGUUCCCCCUUCAGCUAAUAUGAUAUUCCCUGUAUUAUUCAUUCUGUAUUCUUUAUUGUUUAAUUUUCAUCAAUGAUUUUUUUUUUUUGUA